AUGAAGAGUAACAUGGAGGUCACAAAACUGAUUCAAGAUGCCAUUCUUGAUAUCUGCACCCAGCAUGUAUCAUUUGAAAAAUCGCUUGACAUUGAUGCAAUUGUUUGCCUGUCAACGGCUUCUCGGGGAGAUAUUGUCGUCAAAAUGCACAGGACUGUUAUGCAAAACAGCAAGUGGAAGUCAUCAAAGUUCACGCGGAUCAACAAAAGAAAACACAGCAUGAUUGAGAGAAACAAUCACAGUUCACAGAUGGUAGAUGAUAGUUGUGUCCAAUCUAUUGUUGAUCAAUGUCUGGGUAGAAAAGUAUCGGACAUUGUGGAUACGACACCCGGGAGUAUUAAGAUAGAGCAGUCUGUUAAAAAUGAAAAAACAAUGGUACCUAACCCAAUGUAUCAUCUGUAUAACCGACGUGAAGAAGCUGCAUCAUCAGGUACUCAUUUAGAGAAUGACCCAGAAUUAGACAAUGAAAUCACAGGAGACAACAGGUUCACUAACUUUGGCAAUGCAGUGGAUGCCAUGAUUAAACAUGAACUUCAUGAACCAGUAAAUGAGGAACAGUUGUUAGAGACGAAUGCAGAUAUACAACAUCCAAUACAAGAUGACCAAGAGGCUGAUGCCAGGUUUGAACUGAACACAUCCACAGAACACAAAUCCCCAGAUAUUCCCAUACAGAUAAAAUCGGAACCUCAGGAUAUUGAACAGCCUGAUGAAGACGACACCAAUGACUUUGACUUUGAGGAUAACUCAGGAUCCAUGGAGAAGUCACAAAAUUUACCAUAUGGAUCUAUUAACUUUUCUGAAGGCUCAAUGCAAAGUUUUGAGAAUUUCAAUAUCUUACCUCAGAUUGCAGUAGAUUUUUUAAAGGAGACAUCUGAAGGGGAAGCUGUGGAUUAUGAGCUUGAUGAGCCAAUGGAAGAUAUUAUCACAAACAUGGAAGAUGAAAUGGAAGUCAUGAAAGUCUCUCGAAAACUGUUCGCUAAAACCACGAUCCAAUGCAGUGCACGUUUACUUCGUAAAAUUUUAAAAAAGGACCAUGGUUCAGGGCAUAAGAUAAAAAAGCAUUAUUACAAAAUCGCAAAGUUUCUCAAACUUCCAGUUGAACGAAGGGCAGAGCUUUAUUCGGCUUUUAAAUCGGUGCGGGAGUUUACACCUCGUGCUCGAAUCCAACAAGGACGGGCUCCAGAAAACAUAGUUUGUCCGGUGUGUGCGAAGCCUUAUAAAGCAUCCAGGUUUGAGAAACAUUUCCGAAUAGCACACACAAGUGAGAAACCUUACCACUGUGAGAUAUGUGGUAAAGAUUUUGCAAUUUCCAGUUAUUAUAAGGAUCACCGCAGAAUGCAUUUAACUUCAUUGGGGGUAGAUGCUGACAAUGCUGACGAAUUACUCGAAGUGAAGUGCGUAAACUGUAAGAAAGUGUGUCGAGUAGGAAUGGACUAUGAUCGUCAUUUCCGGAUGGAACAUACCCAUGAAAAACCAUACACAUGUGAUGUAUGUGAUAAACAGUUUGCACUUCCAGAUCACCUUAAAGACCAUCGAAAGGCUCAUUUCUCAGUGGCAAUAAUCUCCAGUAAUAUGAUAGAGCCUCCUAGUGUGGAUCAAACAGAGGGCCAGUAUGCACCAUACAUAUAUGAGCCCACAAAUGAAUCUCAAAAUGAAAGAUCCCCAGUUCACGAAAGUGAUGAACUACCUCUUGAAUCACUUAAUACUGAAAAAGUGCAACUAUAAUUCAUUUUGUAGUUUUCUGAAAAAAAAUCCAUUGUGCCAGUACUUAGAAGUUGCGCUUUAUAUAAUAUAAUUUGGUGAAUUGAAAUAUUGCCAAAUUAUUUAGCAAUUUAAAGUAAGUUAUCAAAAUACAAAAGGACAUAUGUACAAAACUAAUACUCUGAUAGUACAAACGAUUUAAUAUGUAUAGCAUUAAAUGGAGUUAAAGAUAUCAGUUUCGAGAUGGUAAUAAUAAAUUAUUCCAUAUUUCAUGUGCUAUUUUUAGGAUAUCAUGUAAAAAUAAAAUUGGUAUCUUUGUAGCCUGUGGGAAAAAUGUAAUAUUG